AAACACUCAUUUCUUUAUCCAUUUAACGACUUUAUAAUGUUUUAAAUCUCAUCCAUCCAAAAGUUGUUCAAGCUGAAGAUCAAUAUUUGAUCAUCUGUGUGUCAACAAAACCCACUCUGUUAAAAUUAUUAUUUUGCAAUUUGUUGCACUUCAUACUUGUGAAACGACUUUGCCUGAGGAUUUUUAAUUACAUGUUAUGUUGCUGCCUUGAACAUCAGUUGGAACAUGUUUAACUAGCCAAACUUGCUCUUCCGCUGUGCGCUAAGUACUGUCAAAAAGGCCCAGAAGACAGGACGAGCUCUCUGAUAUUAACAAAUCUCUAUCUUAUACUUCACGAAAAGGCGAACUAUAACUAUAAAGUGAAUUUUGACCACACCCUUUGAAUGUUUCUUUCAUAGUUUGUCUUUUGGUGAGACAUAUUGACUAGGAUUGAUACCUCAAAGUUACAGACGUGCUGGAAGGUGACAACACUGUGAGACAGGAUGAGAUGUUGUAAAAAGCUGACAACAAUGGUACCUCAUAGAUAUGUUCUGCCGCUCCUUGCUUUAGUGACAUACAUCUGUGUGAUUUUCUUCUAUUACCAUGGGGAAAUGUCAACAGGUAGGAAUGUUGGAUUUUUCAUUCUUACUGACUCCUGAACAAGGUGGACCUGAAUUUUUGUUUGUGUUCUCUACUGCCUUUGACAUCUGUACUGACAUAGCAGUACUUGCUUUGGGAGCAUGCUUGAAUAUGGCAAUCUUUGCUCUUAUGUGUCAGUACAUUUUGUGGUUUCGAGCAGGGAGCAUGGUCCAGGAGCAGGAGCUGAGGAAGAGGAUACUGAGAGACGCGUGCAGAGAAGACAUAGAGGAAUUUCCCAAAGAUAAGCAAAGCUCGGACAAACGUAUCAAUGGAGUGCUACGACAACUCCUUGUGGAUGAUGAACAUGGUGUCAUUUACUGCUUCAUACCAAAGGUGGCAUGCACUAAUUUGAGGAGGUUGUUCCUUGCACUAAAUCAUGGCAAGCCGUACCCUGAUCUCAUGAGCAUAUCUUCCGAAGAGGCCCACAAUCCUGAGGGUCUGCCUCGUCUUGCUAGCUACUCGAAAGACGAAAGGGAGGCCAAGUUGAAGCACUACACCAAGUUCAUGUUUGUCCGUGAACCCUUUGUGCGACUUGUCUCAGCCUUUCGGGACAAGUUCCUGACCCCCAACCAGGUCUUCUACGAAAGAUUUGGCCGACUCUUUCUGCGUCGCUACAGCAACCAGUCCGACCCCCCUUUGAACGUGGAAGAAGCAUUUGUUUCUGGCAUUCAGCCCACUUUCUAUAACUUUGUCCAGUACCUCCUAGACCCAAGGACAACAUUAACAGAUCCAUUUGAGCCUCACUGGAGGCAGAUGCACCGCCUGUGUCAACCCUGCUUCAUUGAGUACGACUUUAUUGGGCAUCAGGAAAGGCUUCAGGAAGAUGCCCUGCAACUGAUAACGUCCUUGAACCUGCAGGAGCUCAUCAAGUUUCCAUCAGCCUACGAAAAUGUGACGUACCUUGCGUCAUUGUCAGAGUGGUUUAAAGCAGUGCCCCUGGAAGACAGAAGGAGACUUUACAAGCUUUACGAGAAGGACUAUAAGCUGUUUGGUUACAAAAUCCCUUACUUUUUACUCAACAACAUAUAAUAGAGGUGGAGCCCUCUUUCGGGUAUUUGCUAAACCGUAGUGGGCGUUCACCAAAGAGCACAGUCCUCCUGUAGAAGCCAAACAUUUAUUUUGACUUGGACAAAAUUCUCCUCUUUGAUACAGUUGUGCAUUUGGACGCACAUAGUGACGUCAGUGGAUGUCACUGGCAGGGCCGACUUAACCUAAGACAGUCACCCAGCAGAACAAGGGAAUCACCUGAGGGAGCACAGUCCUGUACUCGUUGGAAGGAAUACAAAAAUGGCGGACACUCUGAGCUGCUGUUUGGUGCUUAAGCACAAAUAACAGUCACGAUCCUUCCCCCCACCCGUAGGAGGAGGGAAGCUACCCUCUCGUCUACUGAGUUGAAUUCCAACUAAGGCUGGGCGAUAUAUCGAAUAUACUCGAUAUAUCGCAGGUUUGUCUCUGUGCGAUAUAGAAAAUGAUUAUAUCGUGAUAUUCGAGUAUACGUUCUCAGGCAGUUGCUUUUAGCUGCGGGCAUUACACUACAGGCUCUUCUCACUCUUUCUUGUCUCUCCUUCUCACAGAGAGAUAAAACAAGCGCACCUUCUUACAUACGUCACAUACUGUCGCGCAUGCAACGUCACAAGCUCUCGCGGAGCAGGUAGAGGUAACGUUAGCUGUGAUGCUAGCGGUGCGGUGCGAGUGGUAAUACGAGAGAAAGAAGGUGCGAAUCUGGUAACAAAUGAAGGAAGAAUUAAUUCCCAAGAAACACAGCAUGGGUCCUUUGUCUGGCGGUGGUUUGGCUUCAAGUGGCAAGAUGCCGAACAAGUAUGCAGCAAAAGCGUUGCUACAAAAAUUAGCAGCACUGCUAAUUUGUAGCAUUUGUUUCUAUGUUUUAUUUAUAUAUUUGUUUAUUUAUUUUUUACCAUGCUGUUUGUGUUGUGUUGUCUUUGCUCGUUUUUUGUGUGUAAUCUUUUAAUCUGCCUAUCGUACGGCACUUUGGCUACCCCAGUGUCGCGGGGGGCGCUGGUGCCUAUAUCAGCUACAAUCAGGCGAAAGGCGGCGUACACCCUGGACAAAUCGCCACCUCAUCGCAACACUUGUUUUUCAUUUUUCCUUAUUUUCUUGUUAAUUUCCUGGUCAUCGCUCUUCUUUUAGUUCCACUUCCUGCAUGUCUCUCUGAGCGCUCUUUCCCUCACCUGUCCUUGAUUGGAACCCUGGCACAUCUGGUUGCAGUUGCCAAUCAGGCUGCUAUUUAUGCCUGCCUCGACCUUAAGUCAGGGUUCGAGGAUUGUUUUGUGUUUAUUGUCACGCAAGGACUGUAUUGCUUGUAGACUGCUCAGGGUUUUGAGCCCUUCCCUGCUUCACCUCAUUGUGGUAUAUGUUGCAGUAAUUAAAUACUUGUCUAACCUG